AUUCAGACUACUCCUGUAACCUAAACGUAGCUCAGGUUUCAAACUAUGACCUCUAAACAUUACUCAAGUAUUUCACCCAAAAAAAAAAAAAACAGUGCUCAGUUCUCAAACUUCAAUGGCUAAUCAUGGUGAUGAAGUGCAUUCUUUUUUAUUUGGUCACGUGAUGUUGAUACUCUUCCCCAAAUAGGUAUGAGUUGAAUCAGACACCAUCAUCGCAUUUUCAUACAAUUUCAAGGUGAGUUCCGUUUCGAGUAUGCAUAAUUUCAUAAUUGAUUCAUUGAUAAAGAAUAAACUGCUCUGGCCCAAAAAAAAAAAAAAAAAAAAAAAAAAACCCAAAACAUGAUUGGGAUGGAAGAAUGCUUUUUGUCCUUUACAAAUUACAAUCAACUGAAACUCGAACACAAUUAUCAAAAGGUCAAGAAAGCUACAUGUCCAACCAAAAUCUUCACUCCGGUAUGGCUCUUACCUGGAAACUAAGAGCAUCCUCACAGGUACUCUCUUAUUUAUGAUUGUUACAUUUUGGGUUCACAAUUAAUUUAGUCCAUACACUUUUUUAAGAUAAAAAUAUAGAAAUUGUAUUAAUAAUUUAAUAUAUUAAUACUUGUACAAGUAAAGAAUGAGCUUGACAACUCAUUUGGGGGAAAAACACCAGCAAAUAAAUUGCUGGAAUAAUUUUUAUAUUUUGGUAACAAUCAAUUUGGUCCAUAUUAUUUUCAACUUAUAAUCAAUUUUCACGUAAGCAUUUUCCGUUAGCGAGUUAACAGUAGGGACCAAAUUGACUGCAAGUUGAAAAUAACAUGAACCAAAUUGACUGCUAUCAAAAUGUAAGAACCAAAAAUGAUUUCUACUGCCCUGUAUGAAACACUUAUAGAUGAGAUGGCAAACAGUCAACCAAAUUCCAGUCGGAUGGAUGAAAGGAAAGCAAGUAAAGGGCUCUUCAAUUUGGAAAAGAAACUGACUUCUACUGCCCUGUAUGAAACACUUAGAUAAAAUGGCAAACAGUCAACCAAAUUCCAGUCGGAUGGAUGAAUACCCACCCAUUGUCUGGGAAUUGUAUUAUGGAAUUUUUGGUGGAGAGCUUGAUGAAAAGUGGGUAACUAAGAAUUUAAUUUAGUUUCUUUACUUAAUAAAAUAAACAAUAGACAAUCUUGUUCAUAAAGUUUACUGUUAAAAUAAAUUCUGCUAAUGCUUGUUUGAUUAUGUUUAAGGGAAAUGUUGGUCAAUCGGAUUCAACUUGUAAUCACAGUUAUCAAAGUCACCCCUCACAAUUAGCUGUGGAUGAAGCUCUAUCCAGAUCCUUGGAGAAUAUGAACUUUGGAACUGCAGCUGGGAACAAGAACGUUAGUUACAGAAACAAUCCUUUUGGAUCAAAUUAUGCUGAAUAUCAAGGUAGUAUCAAUCCAGAUCGAAUGAGUUAUGAGGUAGGUUCACCAAUGGAGACUACAGCCUUUUGUAUGGUGUGGUCUGAGUUUAUUAAUAUUUCUUCUGUAGAACCUGUUCAUGACAAACCAAGAAAUUUUGGCCUCCUCAAUGCAAACUUUGUUGUAUGAUGCACUUAAUUUCAUCAGUGAAACUGUUGAAGAAAUAUGUCUCAAAUUUCCUGCUCAGCCUGAUAAAACAUUUUUGGGCCCUAGAAGUACUAAACUAUCUGGAUAUGCAUCUAAGAUGCAUGUGUUGAAAUACUAUAAAGGAUUCCAAGGGACUUCAUUCCAAUUCAAAUUAAUGCUAUUCCAAUUUUUCUCAUGUUAUUGAUGUAACUUUGUGCUUGUUAUCUUGUUUCAGCAAUUGAUAAGAUUGCAAGAGACUAAUGGGAGUGUAAGCAAAGAGCUGUCUGAAAAGCUCCUUUCCAGGUUGCCAUCUCACAAAUACAAACCAGUGUCAUUAGAGGGAAAAGGAAAAUCUAUAUACAAGGAUGAAGAGUCAGAUUAUAUAAGCUUUAGUUUUCUGUCACAUAGUGUUGUGCAUAUAACUAGAAAAUGUGCACUCUCCACCAGUAAUAGUAUACACCUUAAGUUGCAAGCUUGUUUCAAGUGAACAUGCUUGCUUAUUGCAUGCUCGCUUGUGUGCAUAACCUUGAACCUGUUACCAUUAGUCAUACUAUGAAGAGCAGAAUUCUUUGGCAUGAUUACAAACUUGGCUUGCUAGAAAAAAUAGUAAAACAGCUAUCACUUAAUGACUUCAGGUUUUAAUUUGGAAAUUCACAUAACUCUA